AUGGACAACGCUCCUCAAGCAAUUAGCCUGCUCGGCUGCCACAUAUUUCGCAACCUAUUCACACAGUGCCCCAACGAUAACGUGCUUGUGUCGCCGCACGCCGCCAUGAUUGUAGUGUCACUGCUGAUGGCGGGCGCCCAGCGCACAACCGAGCGCGAGAUGGCUGAGGCGCUGAAAGUUAAGUUGCCACAGUUUCACACGUCCAUGCGGCGCAUACUCGUGUUCGCGCCGUUCGGGAACUCGCCGGCCCCCGAGGAAGAGGACAGCGCCUUCAGGAUGGCCAACCGGAUCCUCGUCAACAGCAACCUGCCGCUGAGCGACUCGUUUCGCAAGAUCGGCCAGCGUGUUUACCGUACGCUUGUGUCGCCGGCCAACCUAGCGCGCCGCAGCGCCGAGGAGCGCCGGCUUGUCAACACCUGGGCCGAGGCCAUCACGGGCAUCAAGCAGGUGAUCCCGCCGGACUGCCCCCUGGACGGUGAUAGCCGCAUAGUUCUUCUAAGUUCAGCCACGCUGGACACGCUCUGGAAGUUUCCAUUCCCCAAGAUCCCGACAAUGCGGCGUCCAUUCAGCAGCUGGCCGGCUGUGCCCACGAUGGGACAGACGGCCACGCUUGGCUACGCCUGCAUCGAGGACCUGGGCGUGCGCGCUGUCGAGCUGCCAUUCUCGAGCGACGCCUACUCGGCCACCAUCAUUCUGCCUACGGGAAAGUUCGACGACCUCUGCGUUAACCUUACGCCCGAGGUCUUGAAUCGUGUGUUCGAGGCAGUGAAGGAGCGCCAGAAAGUCAGGGUCGAGAUGCCGCGCUUUUCGGCCACUUUCGAGGCCGAGCUCACAGACGUCCUGCAAAAGCUUGGUAUCCACGAAGCCUUUACGGAUGAAGCCAACUUCAGGUAGGUGUGGGCAAGAAGACUGACAAAACAAAAGAAAGAAUAUGUUCAACUUUUCGUGUUGCUGUUGCAGCUUAUGGAAAUAGG